UACGGGGCAUGCCGGGGUUGGUGGAAGCUAUCAAGCUACGCCAGGAAUGUUCGGAUCGCUUACUAAUGAUCUCAUUUGAUGAUGUAUCAGUGUAUCUAUCGUUGCUCGAAGCAAUAUGUACGCGUCUUCGGCCUUUCGGCCCAUCUGUUCUAGUUUAUCUCGCAGCUGCCGUCUCCGACUUUUAUCUUUCCGAGGAUAAUUUGGUAUCAUUUAAAGAUCAUUUAAAAUUUGAAAUCCUGAAAAUAUGCCUUUUCUGGAUAACAUGUCUUGAGACUGAUGAAUCAAUGCUGAUUGUGAAGUCACGUCAAGCGCUGGAGACAUACGGACAUCAGCUAGUGAUUGGUAAUAUUUUAAUGACAAGAAAGGAGCGGGUUGUGUUUGUCACUCAGGCCAGUAAGGAAGAAAUGCGCCUCAGCGACCAACAAAAAGCUGACGGAAUUGAACUUGAACAGCUCAUUGUUGAUAAACUUGUUGUUAUGCAUAGUAAUUUAUUAUUGUGUAAUGGCGACUCGAAAAAUCUUUAAUA